AUGUCUUUCUUGUGGCCAGUGGUUUUUGUUGUAGGAACUGCAGUAUUUGCAGCCAACAAAGUCACAGAUAUUGAUGUGGAUUGCAGGAAAGACUCUGUUGUUGUCAAAUGGAAGGUUAAUAAAAACCUUGCUGAAAAGCCCUCCAGUCUUCUCCUGGGUGAUUGCUCUCCUUUAAUGUUUGCACCUGAUGCUGAUGGGGGAGGGGAAGCAAUUUUCAGUUCUGGCUUAUCUGAUUGCCAUUUCAAACAAACGAGAACAACAACAAAGGUGAUCUAUGAAAAUAACUUGACCUUUAGGCCAUUAUUGAAGCCAAAUUCUGCUUUAUUCACAUACCCUAUUCAGUGUGUGUUUGAAAGGUCUGAAGGGAUGCAGCCAUUUGUAAAGCCUGCUUUUGUUGUUUGGCAAAAUCAGGGUGACUUGAUCUUUCACAUGGGUCUUCUCAAUAACAAUUUAAGUGGCCCAGCAUUAUCAAACUUCUUCCCUUUUGGCUCAUUUAUUAAUAUUUGGGCUGCAGUGGAGCAGCAGGCUCAUCAGCCCCUAAUGUUGUACCUUGAAGAGUGUGUGGCAUCUACAGCAUUAACUCUUGGAGCAGGUUCAUGGACGCAUCCAAUAAUUGCUAACAAAGGAUGCCUUAUUGAUGGUAAGAAUGGGUACUCGAGGUUUUUGCCCCGCUUUGAGUCAUCAUCAAUUUUGCUUCAGCUGCAGUCCUUCAAAUUUGCCAUGGAACAAGAAGUGUAUAUCCAUUGUAAACUAGUGGUAUGGGACCCUCAAGAUCUAAAUGAAGAAAAGAAGGCUUGCAAUUAUGACAAAAUUACUGGAGAAUGGGAACUUUUAGACAACCCCUCCCAAAAUGAUUUGUGUCGCUGCUGUGAUGGUGGCUGCAAACAGCGGAAAACACGGAGUUUACAUUCAGCACAAGCCCAGAGGUCUGUCUUGGGACCACUUAUUAUACCGGCAUCCUCUUCAGGAACAAGCGAGAGGGUUACAAGACUAAAACUAGGUACUUAAUGGGACUUCACUUUGUCUUGGCUGCCAUUCCACAAAGUAAAUAAAGACAUGACUUCGUUA